AUGGGGGCACCAUGCUCUUCCAAGCCCGAUGGGGAGGAGGAGGGCGACGGCGACGACGAUGAUCCGGAUGAUACAACAGGCGAUCUGAAGCAUAGGGGUAGAGGAGAAAGCUUCAACAUGCGGAAUGACGAGCUACUGUGUGAUGCAUGGUUGGCCACUAGCCUCAGUCAUGUCCAUGGCACGGAGCAAAAGGGCACAACCUUUUGGAUGAACAUCCACAUAUGGUUCCAUGAGCACAAGCAUUUCGCGCCCUACUCCAAUGCAGUCCUCCGCAACCGUGAAUGGAAGUCCCUCAACCAUCGAUGGUACACCAUCCAAGAUGCUCCUACUCAUGCUUGUGUGGUGUACAAGAAGUUGGAGAAGAAGUCCUUCAACGUCAUGCAUUGUUGGUUGAAGUUGAAUGGUCAACCGAAGUGGAACUUUUUCAUUGCCAAGACCACCGCCCAAACCAACGAGGAAGAAACCGAUGACCCUAUCGACCCAACCAAAGAACCGCCGAAGAAGGUUACAAGAAAUCUGCGGCGGAAGAACUGGGAGGAGGAGAAGGCGAAGCGAGAAGGUGCGACGACCAAGCUGACGGAGAGGUUCGAGGACAUUUUGGCGAAGAAGAAGGCAUGCAUGAGGCGCUCGAAGAUCAAGGAGGAGAAGAAGGCGGAGAGGUUCACACUGUUGAUGGACGUGACAGACAAGAAGCGCAAGGUCGAAGAGAGGAGGACCAUGAUCGAAUAG